AUGGCACCUAUCUCCGACGAGAUUAGUCUGCGAACGAUAUCAAGAGCCAACUCGACCUCUGUACACGGCAACAUCAGCCCUUUGCAUCAGGCAGCGACGCCAGACUCUUCAGUUCAACCGCAUAACUAUCUCGAUGCACAAGAGCAAGAUCUGCCUGAAAAUGUGGGAAAUCCCGACGACGAGAGCGAAAUGCAACCUUCUCUCUCCUCGGUGUCAACGUCAUCGAACCCGGCCAGCUUAGGACAGGAAAACAACCGGCGCUUUGAUCCCUUUCGACGCACAACGCACUGGAAAACAACAGGGAUGAUCAUAGGCUUCAACUUCGCGGGAGCGCUGAUUGUUGCGAUUGAACCCUACACAUUUACUAAGGAGCUCAACAUAGCUGUGAUGAAUCCUCCAAUUCCUCGCGACCUAAACUUCACGGCAGAUGCGACCUUUCCCACAUUGGCUAACAUCGGAUUGGAAGAGACUUUGGCUCACUCUUAUACUUAUGAGAACAAGACUGUAGAGGACUCACCAGCUAUACACUCGCUCACAUACAAUUCAUCGCAGUACGGCAACUAUAUCUCGCUAUAUGCAUCGGAGCCAGCUACGGAUCUGAGGGGUGCUGUCUUUGUUGUAAAGUGGCAGACCUACUCGCUAUCUCUCUUUGUCCAACAGCACAACAUCAGCAGUUAUUCGAUCUCGCGUAGUGAUCAAAACGCCACGGAUUAUAAAGCUCACGUUGAGACGACCGAGCAGGCUUGCAUUUCCAAGUCUGUCUUGUACGAUGUCAACAUGACCUUUCCGCGCGGAGUUCAAAAGCUAGAGUAUCACUUAAGCGACGAAGAAGAUAUGCGGGAGAAGUGGUUUGAUGCUGACUAUGAUGAAUUCUUGCCAGGGCGGCUUACAUCCUCAGCACUAAGCCUCACAAUUCCCGCCGAUCCCCAGGCAGCUCGAGAUUGGAACACGAAGGUGCUAGAUGCGCUUCCAGUGUUCAAUGAAUGGGCAAUAUUGGAUGCGCUCGGUAGCUUGCUCGAAGGGGAUAGCACUUUAGAAUGGGCAGGCCGUUACCCACCUAACUGUCAGCUUACCGCUCAACAUAAUAAGACUGCAACAAAGGAAUGCGGAGAUUGGAAUACACUCUCUGAUGGGUGUCCGCUAAAUCCUCCUUCUUCCAAUACUCCACUCCAAGGAACCGUCUUCCAGCCCGCUCGCUUUGAUCCAGAGUCACGAGACCUCUGCUACGAUGCGAGAAAGGAGCUGAACAUCACAGAGGCGCUUCUCAACGAUGUGCUCACAAACAUCACUCUUUCCGCUAUAUCUUUAGGGACAUGGCAUGAAGUACUCCCCGUAACCAUCACCCGCUAUCAGAGCACGUAUUCUUUCGCCAACCCGCUCAACCUUAUUCUUCCGUACAGCAUCUGCUUUCUUGCCGCUAGUAUCUUCGCUGGUAUAGCAAUAUACUCACUAUCACGGAAUGGUACACCCGCGGCGGAUGGCGGCUUCCUCCAAAUCAUGACGACCACGAGGGGUAACACUGAGAUGGAACGGCUGGUAUUGCGACAACACUUGACGAAGCUGGACAAGCUGCCGGCGGAGCUAAGGAGUCUCAAGGUACGGUACGGUGAACUGGUAGGCGCAGACGUACCGGGAUUCGAGGGGAGGUUUGGGUUCGGAACGGCUGAGGAAACAAUUAGUCUGAGGAAACGGAAGUGA